CCCGCUCCCGGCCCCGCUCCCGGCCCGGCCCCGCCGCCGCCCGCGGGCUCUGGGGGCUCUGGGGCCCGGCAGCGCCGCUCCGAGGCACCGGGGCCGCGCCGGGGGCCGGGGAGCAGCCGAGGGUCACCGAGACGCCGGUUCCCUCGGGCAGCAGCGGCUGAUGUGGGGGAGCUGCGAGCGGCGUUUUGGACCUGGUGGGCGCCGGGAGCCGGAGGAGGAGGAGGAGGAAGGAGCGGCGAAGAGCCCGGAGCAGCAGCGCGGGGGCUGCGGGAUUCGCUCCGGUUAAUGAUUGCUGCAGUUCCAUCCAGGAAUGGUGAAUUCAAACUGGGAAUGCUGGAGGGGGGGCAAGACCUUCAGAGAUGAGGCUUUGCCACUGUUUUGCACAGGAGUGUUGAACACAGCUGUCCUGGAAUGGCUUUGCCUGGUCUGUGUCCUGCUGGGGUGUAGGACAGAGCGUCACAUCCAGGUCACCCUGUCCCCUGUGUGCUGGCUGCCAGGAUGUGGUGCCAGAGGCUGGCCUGGCUGCUCCAGGGGUGCCAGGGGAGCCCUGGGCAUGGCUGGCCACGGCUGCCCCGAGCCCCCAGGCCCAUCCUGGCUGUCCCAGCUCGCUGCCACCCCACUGCACCAGCAUCCCCUCCCUGUGCCUGGCAGCUGCACCAGGACCAUCUCGAGCUGAGCUACGGCAGCACGGUGAUGCGCCUGGAUUUCGUCUGGCUGCGGGACCACUGCCGCUCUGCCUCCUGCUACAACGCCAAGACCAGCCAGCGCAGCCUGGACACGGCCAGCGUGGACCUGGCCAUCCAGCCCCGGGCUGUCAGGGUGGAUGGCAGCACUCUCUUCCUCACCUGGCCAGAUGGACACGUGACACGCUACGGGCUAGAGUGGCUGGCCAAGAACAGCUACGAGGGGCAGAAGCAGCAGGUGGUGCACCCCAGGAUCCUCUGGAAUGCUGAGAUCUACCAGCAAGCCCAGGUCCCCUCCACCGACUGCCAGCGCUUCCUGCACACGGACGAGGGGCUGAAGGAAUUCCUGCAGAACUUCCUGUUGUAUGGGAUUGCUUUUGUGGAAAACGUCACUCCCACCAAAGAGCACACGGAAAUCGUGGCAAAGAGGGUCAGCAUCAUCAGGGAGACCAUUUAUGGCAGGAUGUGGUACUUCACCUCUGACUUCUCCCGGGGGGACACAGCCUACACCAAGCUGGCCCUGGACAGACACACAGACACCACCUACUUCCAGGAGCCCUGUGGCAUCCAGGUGUUCCACUGCCUGAAGCACGAGGGCACGGGCGGGCGCACCCUGCUGGUGGACGGGUUCCGCGCGGCCGAGGAGGUGCGGCUGCAGGCCCCCGAGCACUUCGAGCUGCUGGCCAAGGUGCCGCUGCGCCACGAGUACGUGGAGAACGUGGGCGGCUGCCACAACCACAUGGUCGGAGUGGGGCCCCUGCUCAACGUCUACCCCUGGAACAACGAGCUUUACCUCAUCAGGUACAACAACUACGACCGUGCUGUGAUCAACACCGUGCCGCACGCCGUGGUGCGCCGCUGGUACCACGCCCACCGCGCCCUCACCGCCGAGCUGCGCCGGCCCCACAACGAGCUCUGGGUCAAGCUGAAGCCGGGCAAGGCCCUGUUUGUGGAUAACUGGCGGGUGCUGCACGGCCGGGAGGCGUUCACGGGGUACCGGCAGCUCUGCGGCUGUUACCUGACCCGGGACGACGUGCUGAACACGGCCCGCCUGCUGGGGCUGCAGGCCUAGCCCGGCCUGCUGCUGGGAGAGGCAGGAGCCCCCCAGUCCUGCUGCUGGGAGAGCCUGCAGCCCCCAGUCCUGCUGCUGGGAGAGGCAGGAGCCCCCCAGUCCUGCUGCUGGGAGAGGCAGGAGAUCCCAGUCCUGCUGCUGGGAGAGCCUGCAGCCCCCAGUCCUGCUGCUGGGAGAGGCAGGAGCCCCCAGUCCUGCUGCUGGGAGAGGCAGGAGCCCCCCAGUCCUGCUGCUGGGAGAGGCAGGAGCCCCCCAGUCCUGCUGCUGGGAGAGGCAGGAGCCCCCCAGUCCUGCUGCUGGGAGAGGCAGGAGAUCCCAGUCCUGCUGCUGGGAGAGGCAGGAGAUCCCAGUCCUGCUGCUGGGAGAGCCUGCAGCCCCCCAGUCCUGCUGCUGGGAGAGGCAGGAGAUCCCAGUCCCACUGCCAGGAGAGGCAGGAGCCCCCCAGUGCCACUGCCAGGAGCCCCUCAGUGCCACCCCUGGGAGCACCAGGAGCCCCCCAGUGCCACCCUGGGAGCACCAGGAGCCCCCCAGUGCCACCCUGGGAAAGGCAGGAGCCCCUCAGUGCCACCCCUGGGAGCACCAGGAUCCCCCCAGUGCCACCCUGGGAAAGGCAGGAGCCCCUCAGUGCCACCCCUGGGAGCACCAGGAUCCCUUCAGUGCCACCCUGGGAGCACCAGGAGCCCCUCAGUGCCACCCCUGGGAGCACCAGGAGCCCCCCAGUGCCACCCUGGGAAAGGCAGGAGCCCCCCAGUGCCACCCUGGGAAAGGCAGGAGCCCCCCAGUGCCACCCUGGGAGCACCAGGAGCCCCCCAGUGCCACCCUGCCAUGCUGCUGUUCCCUCUGCCUGUUGCACUGCACUCGUGUUGAGGGCUCAGCAGCCCCUCAAUUUGUGACAAACUUCCACUGUGCCUCCUCUCCCAUCCUUUCUUAAGGAUGAACCUCACUCUUUGGCUGGAUUUUUUCCCAAAAUUGUCCCGCUCUGAAUGUAACCAGAGGUGCCUUUCAGCUCCUGUGGCACUGGAGGGCCGUGGGGUAAGGAACAAAAACAAAUCCCACUCUUACAGAAUUUUUCAUUCUGCCACAUCUUUUGGGCUGUUACAGAAUUUUUCAUCCUGCCACAUCUCUUGGGCUGUUACAGAAUUUUUCAUUCUGCCACAUCUCUUGGGCUGUUACAGAAUUUUUCAUCCUGCCACAUCUCUUGGGCUCUGCUCUGAGCAGACCUCAGGGCAGUGCAGGUGCACAGGUGCUCAACUUGCUGCCCUUGUUUAAUCCAAACACUGAAUGUACAGAUCGUGGUGCCAAAACAUUCCUGAAAUCAGAUUUUCCUGAAAUCUGCUCUGGCUGUGGGACCAGCUCCCUGAUGCUCCCAGUCCCAGGGUUCCCUUCCCAUCCCUGUGAGCCCCUGGGAAUGAGCAGGGCUCUUUCUGAGCCCAGCUGGGCAGGUGCUGCCAGGUGAGCUGCCCUCUGUCAGGUACAGCUCCACUGGCAGCCUUGGAUCCCAGCAGGAGCCAGUUUUAAAAUGCAGCAGGAACAUGAAGCUCCCUCCAGCCAACUUUUUCUUCCACUAUGGACAAAGACUGGGAGAGUCUGAGCUGGAGUCACAAUUUACUGAAGAAAUCGCAAUAAUCACGCUGAUAUCAAUAAAGAUUGUACAAAAAGAGAA